GAGAGGAUGUGCACGCUAGAGAAACGCGAUAACAUUUACAUCCUUACCCUCACCGGCGACGAUGACCACCGCUUAAACCCCAAGCUACUCGACUCAAUUAGGGCGGCGGUUAACCGUGUCCGAUCCGAAACCACAACUCCAUCCGUCUUCAUCACCACCGCACAAGGAAAAUUCUUCUCCAAUGGCUACGACCUCGCUUGGUCUCAGUCCGAUCCGGAGCGCCAUAUCCUUAUGUCCUCUAAGCUCCGGUUACUCGUCCGAGAUAUCAUCUCUUUACCGAUGCCUACGAUCGCCGCCGUCUCAGGCCACGCGUCGGCCGGCGGAUUUAUUCUCGCGCAGGCUCAUGAUUACGUUCUGAUGCGGAAGGAUAGAGGAUUUUUGUACAUGAGCGAGAUGGAUAUCAAGCUCGUCGUGCCUGAUUGGUUCGUGAAGCUGUUGAAGAACAAGAUCGGAUCUCCGGCGGCGUUGCGUGAUGUUGUGCUGAGAGCCGACAAGGUCACGGCAGAGGCUGCAGUGGCGAAGGGGAUUAUCUAUUCGGCACACGAUAGCGCGGAGGAGACUGUGAAGGCGGCAGUGAGACUAGGGGAGGAGUUGGUGAUGAGGAAGUGGGAUGGACACGUGUACGGUCGUAACCGGAAGGUGUUGCUUGCAGACGUGUUGCCAGCGUUGGAGUUUGACGAGACCGUCGAGGACGUGGCCACCGCCAAUAUUGUAUCGUCCCGUCUUUAGCAAGGCUUAUUGAUUAUUGAAUGCCUAUAUCAAAUACCAACUUCAUAUGCAUCGUAAAAUUAAUAGAAAUAACAAUUUUUUUGGACCAAA